AGUAGUAUGAGUUUUAGUGAUAAUGCAUUAAAUUUGAUAGCUGAAGCAUAUCCUAAUUUAAGAUAUCUCAAUUUGUGGGAUACUCAAGCAAUAACUGAUAAAGGUCUAUAUGUAAUUGCACGAUCAUGCCGAGAAUUAGAAUUUCUAGAUAUAUCUUAUUGUAGAGAUAUUACCAAUGAAUCUUUGUUUGAAAUCGCAGAAAAUUGUCAUCUUUUGCAAGAGUUUCAUUUUGCCGAAGCUCGUUGGAUUACAGAUAAAUCUAUAA